AUGCGUGUGUAUUCAAAUAUUGCUCACAAACUGCCAAAGAAGCACAAGAGGCGUAUCUACAGGGGAGCAUCAGAUAUACAUUUUGUGAUUUCUGGGACACCAUCUUUCCAAUCCACCCAAUCGAAUAGUACACAGCAAGAGGUUGAUAGGUUGCGUGCACAAGUUUCUACCAUGGAACAACAACAACAACAAAUGAAAGAACAAAUGGAAAUGGUUAUGAGGAUGAUGAAUAUGUCUGGAAAUCAACCCCGUGCUCCCCCCGAUAAUCCACCUGAGGACAAUUGA